UGAAAGAAGUCUGGGGUCAGGAACACCUCCGUGCGGGGACUGGGCCACUCGCUGGACAUUUGACUUGGGGGCGGGGCAAGGAGCAAGAAACCCGGAAUUGGUCUUAGGAGUUUGCUCUGGUCUAGUUUUUCGGUGCUUUAGGCUUCCUGUGCCCGAGACCCGGCUUCAGGCCUCGAUGACUUUCCCCUCCCAGACCCUCAGGAUGGCGAGAGCCUGGGUCUGCUUGGCAGGCGCCGUCUUCUUCCUUUGCUGCCUUGCUUUGCAUUCGCGGUUCUGUGGCUCUCUGGUUUCAAGGACAUUUUCUUUUCACAUUUCCUGGAGAAUGGAGGACCCUCUUUUCCGGCUGGAUUUGGGUUGGCCCAAGAAUUCAGAAUACUUCACUGGUGCAACAUUUUGUGUUGCAGUUGAUUCCCUCAACGGCUUAGUUUAUGUAGCUCAAAGAGGGGAUAACAUCCCCAAGGUAUUAGUGUUCUCAGAGGAUGGAUAUUUCCUACGAGCCUGGAAUUAUACAGUUGACACACCCCAUGGUAUGUUUGUCUCCGGCACACCAUAUGAACAGUCCGUCUGGAUCACGGACGUAGGAAGUGGACCCUAUGGCCAUACUGUUAAAAAAUAUAAUUCCCUGGGUGAUCUUGUUCAAGUCUUGGGAACCCCAGGCAAGAAGGGCACUGGCUUGAACCCAUUGCAGUUUGACAACCCUGCAGAAUUAUAUGUAGAUGACACAGGAGAGAUUUACAUUGUGGAUGGAGAUGGAGGACUGAAUAACAGACUGAUCAAACUAUCCCAAGGUUUCAUGAUCCUCUGGCUGCGUGGAGAGAAUGGAACAGGACCUGCCAAGUUCAACAUACCUCACAGCGUUACACUUGACUCAGUUGGUCGGGUGUGGGUUGCUGACCGAGGAAAUAAAAGGCUUCAAGUGUUUGAUAAAGACACUGGAGAGUGGUUAGGAGCAUGGGACAACUGUUUCACAGAGGAGGGGCCUUCUGCUGUGAGGUUCACCCCAGAUGGGAAGUACUUGAUUGUGGCCCAGCUGAACCUCAGUAGGCUGUUGGUGUUGGUUGCCCCACCCUCUGGAAACAUCGGGGACUGCUCUGUGGUCAGCACCAUCCAGCUCGCAGAUCAGGUUCUGCCACAUCUUUUAGAAGUUGACAGAAAGACCGGAGCUGUCUAUGUAGCAGAAAUUGGGGCAAAACAAAUACAAAAAUACAUCCCGUGGCACAGCCGCACCCCUCCCUUCAGAGCUUAGUGCUUCCGGCUGGCAGGAGCUUCAAGUAGCAGUUCAGAGCCUCAGGGUCGUUUCUACCUCUUCUUCUACCAGAAAAGUGUGUUGUUAUAUCAUAAAGAGUCAUGUUUUCUUGUGGUUUGGGGACUUGGUUUUACAAUUAAGUGUGUAAGAAUUGUUUUCUUUUUGGUGGCCCUGGGAAUUGAACUCAUCCCUUCCUAUAUGCUAGGCAGCUGCCUUCACUGGGAGCUACAGCUUCACGUAAGCAGCUUUUAAAGAAAGAAAUGCACUUCUAAAAUGGGUCAUGAGGACAAGCUGUGGUUGUAACCAAGUUACUUCCCUGCGUCGAUUAACUCUCUCUCUGCGUUCCUGGGAUAACCUUCUGAUUCCAUAUGAAGAAUGGAAACUACUAGUUUCUAACCUAUGUAAAUUACACUGUGGGAGAGAUUGUGUGGGGCACUGCUGGGUUGUUUGAUGCAUGCAGAGUGCCAUACCAGGUCCAGGGGCUUCUGAGUGAGGGGGCAGUGUGGUCCACUGGAGAGAUAAGUACGCAUGGUCACAGCAGGAAGGAGUGAGAGGACCGUGAUGGACAGAAGGACCUGUGUGCAUGUGUGUGUGUGUGGGGGGGGCUCAUGGAGACUGCAGUCAGUGGCAGUUUGGGCUCAGACUAGCCAAGGGAUACCUAGGAAAGAGGCAACAAUACUAUCCAGGUAGAGAAGGGCUGGGACAGACUUCCCAUGGAUUCUAAGGGAGAAAACAACAAAGGCUUUGGUCUUUUUGCUACAAAAUGCUUAAUGUCACAAGCAAGACUACAACAGCCAGCAUCUAAGCACUGUACUGAAGGGAAGAUUUGCUAGUGGGUGUUUUCGAGCAAGUCCUGGCAGUAAGUCCCCUCCUUGGUGUCACCCAUGCCACUGUUCAUUAAGAACUUAUGUCAUUACUAGCGCUUUUCUACCUCAAAGCCAUUUAAAGAGAAUUAGAAUCAUUUAUAUGGAAGUGUGCCAAAUGCUUUGAGGUAUUAUGGUGAAAAUUUUCUGCCUUUACAGCCCACUCUUGCACUAUCUAAAUAUGUCCUUCAUAUGCGGCGUCUGUGUUCUUUCAGUUUGUUCUGGUUGAUUCUAGGUUUUGAUGGAAGAAACCCUUUCCUAUCAGGGUCUUUUGGUCGCCCAUCCCUUUUGCUCCUAUCAGUGUCUCCCUGUCCCAGAGUUUUACUGUGACUUCUACAGCACUCGUCAGCUAAGCUGACUUUACCCUCCCACUCCAGCUGAGGGCUUGGACCUACCUGUCUUGAUGGUGGUGCCACAUGCAGUGUGGGCCGAAGGUAAGCCUCCAACAGAAGAGUACCGGAGGAUUCCAGUGUCACAUGUGUCCCUACCACUCACCAGAAUGAUGCACAAAAGUCACCUUAGUUUCCUCUGGAAGUGACAAGGGAGCACUGCUCUUCCCUCGUUCACUAAUGCUGUUUGGACUAGAUGUCUAGAUGGAGCCCAGAGUGCAUUACAGGAUGUCCUAAGACCAGACCUUCUAAUUGCCUUUGUCAUUAUAACACAUGCCAGGUUUGCCUGGCUGUGUUCAAGGCUUCUACAAGAUGAGAAGUUUGUUAAGAUGACCAUUUGACUUGGAUGGAAAGGUAAUGUGAAGCUUGUUUUUUUGGUAAGCCAGACAAGAAAGGCAGGUGCCCUUUUGAAGGAGAGUAGACUAGCUGAACGGCCUUUGUUAUUUCUACUGUAUUUUAUUUACCUGACUGUACUAGAUCAUUUUUAUUGAGGAUUUCAUACAUAAAUGUUGCGUUUUGAUCAGAUCCAUUGUGCGUUCUCUCCCCUUCAGUUUCUCCCCACCCCAUCACCUUUUCUCCCAGCUUCCCAUGCAUGUGUUCAUUCCGAAUGAACUUGGUGCUGCCGGGAUGUGCACGAUGUAGAACACUCCACGAAGCAGGGGGAGCCUUUUAGGAAACGUCCACCAUAGCCAUCCAUCUCCAAUUGCUCCUCAGCUUGUGGUAGGCUUCACGAGCCCCUCUCUGCUCUGUGCUGGGACUCAUGACUGCCGCUGUGAGUUCAUGUUCAGCAGAUGAUGUUUUGCUGCAGACACCUACCACCCCUGUCCUCUUUGCCAAUAGUCCCCAAGGCUUUCAUGGAUGUCCCAUUUAGAGCCUGUCAGUUCACAGUCUCUUAUUCUCUGUGGCUGAACCGCUUGUGGAUCUCUGUAUUAAUAUCCAUUUAUUCAAAAUGAAGCUUUCAUGAUGAGAAUUGAGGGAUGCAGUAACCCGUGGGUAUGAGGCAGUUUAUUACUACAUCCCUUUACCAGAAUAAUAGUAUUAGAUAGUUCCCUGGGGCUCUGGCCUAGCCAGCCACAGGUGUCUAGCCAGUUAGCAGUACCAAGCAGGCUUCCAUGUUUUAGAGCAGGCCUUAAAUCCAAUCAGAAGGUGGUAGGUCACUCUUAAGAUAUUUGUACAACUCUUCCACCAGUGGACACACCUUGGUGGGCUGGUCCUUACUGUAGCUCUCAGGCUCCGCAGCUGGUUAUGAUUGUUUAACAUUUCUCCUUCAGUGGUAUAAAUAGAACCUUCUAGACUGUGAGAGCCAGCCAGUAGGGAUAAAGCUUCCAGGCCAGUGCCAGCAUGAUUUCCUUACAGAUUCUUAUAAAACUUGCUGCAGAUUUAUUGUUCCUGUUUAUCUUAUGUGAUCAGUGUGCUUACAAUCAAAGCAUCUCACUCUGGAUCAGUGAAUUAAAAAAAAAAAAAA